AUGGAGCGCCACAUCCAGCAUGUUGCGAAUUAUGGCGUCCACGUCGCGUCUAAAGGACUAAGGUCAGGAUUCCGCCGCAGUCCCGAGUCAAGCUCUCGGAUCCAAGACGGGCGGGCCUUGCCAAAGAAGCGCUUGAGCGACACGGUAAAGUAUCGACAGUGCGAUGUUGAUCCUACGUAUUUGCCUGGUUUCCAGAUAGGGGAGACCUCCUGGCUGCUGGCCCAGACUGGCAAGGCCUUGGUGAAUUACGACACGGUGUACUGCAUCGGGCUGCCGAAACUGGCUCAGCAGAUUCACAUCGAUCAGCAGAGCCACCACGCAUCGCACAGGAUCCAACGAAUGAACACGGACGACUUCAAUGGCAUCUUCCUAGCCAGCUUGGUAAGCCAAAAGUUGGAAUCCUUGCACCCAUUCGGAGAGGACCUCGCAGACCCAGCAACAUUUGAUGCCCUCAGCAACGCGAGCCCGGUCCGCGGGUUUUGCGCUGCGUUCGACACGUUCAGCUUCUAG